CUGGCAAUAUUGUCACACACCGCCCUCUCCUGCAACCUCAGCUGUUGGGGAUCUUGUAGGGUCGAAUACAGCCGAGUAUCUUUAUUUACGUUUGGUUGUACAUCAGUGCAGGAGGGAAUUGUUUUUAUCAAUGUGCCUUGUUUAGUAGAUACACGAUUUCUACAGUUUUUAGAGGGCUUGUGAGCACUCCACAGCUCUUGGCUAAUGGCGGAAGAUGUGGUCAGUGGCUUUGGGGUAACUAUGGCGGAGUACGACUACCAAGCGAGGUCAGAGUUGGACCUCCGCCGCCGUAGGAUGCUGGUCUGUGCGGGACUAAAACACGACGUAGGGCCUCUUAAAGCAGAUUUUUCAUUUAGCAAUGGGAACCAUUGGCUUAAUAGGAAUAUUGGAAAAAGUGUACUAAUGAUAAAAGAAAACCAGCAACCAUUAAUGUUUAAAAAUGAGAAUCUAAUACCUGCUGUCGUCCCAGAGGAGUCACAGAAUCCUCAGAUAAAGGAGGAAGAGGAAGAGCUGUGCAUUCAAGAAAACAUGGAUGGUGUCAUUGCUGUCACUGUUAAGAAAGAGGAAGUUGAGGAGAAUCAUAAGCUUUCACAUAGUUAUCAGUGUCACACUGUGGGGAACAGACAAGAGUGUGGUGGACCACCACAAAGACGUUUGAUGAUGAAAAAAAAGAAAAAACUCUCCAGUCAGCCAAGAGAAGAACAGAAACUGUUGGUGAAUGAAGAAGCGGCACCAAGCACCAAUCUAAGCCAAGAGAAGCCAGAAUAUCCUCUCAUCAACAAGGAAGAUGGAAAACUGUGUAUGAAACAGAAAGUAGCUGAUAUUGUUGCAGUGAUUGUAAAGACAGAAGAAGUUGAGGGGAGACCUGUGCCUCAACACCUUCAUUUGAGUGAUACUGUGGACAACAGAGUGCGUAGUGCAAUACCAGGACAAGCAGCAAACUCAAGUCCAAAUGAACAAGUUGGACAAUUUCUUGAAGAUGAGAGUGCUAAUUCUUCAGAGACUGAAGACAGUGCAGAUGAGUGGCACGAGUCCAAUGAGCCUCAAAGUUUAAAGACUUUAAUAAAUACAACACUCUCUAAUAACAAUGUUAGCAUUGUAGAGGACUGCAGUUGUUCAUUUUGUGGUAAAAGAUUUACCAAAAAAAGUAGCAUGAAGAGACAUGAGAAACUUCAUACAGGAGAGAAACCAUUUAGUUGUUUAGUAUGCGGUAAAAAAUUUAUCCGUGAGUAUGAAAUGAGGGCACAUGAAAAAAUUCAUACAGGUGAAAAACCAUUUAGUUGUUCUAAGUGUGGAAAGAAAUUCAUCAAAAAUAGUGAUCUAAAAAGACAUGAGAAAAAUCACACAGGGGAGAAGCCAUUUAGUUGCCCUGAGUGUGAAAAGAAAUUUGUCUAUGAGUAUGAAAUGAAGACCCAUGAAAAGAUUCAUACUGGUGAAAAACCAUUUAUUUGUUUACAGUGUGGUAAAAGUUUUAGUGAAAAGAAAAGACUGAAGUCACAUGAAAAGAAGCAUUCAGGAGAGAAACCAUUUAAUUGCUCAGAAUGUGGUAAACGCUUUGUACAGAAGAGUGACCUAACAAGACAUGAGAAAAUCCACAAGGGAGAGAAGCCAUUUAGCUGCUCUGAGUGUGGUAAAAGAUUUUUUUAUGAGUGUGAAAUGAGGUCACAUGAGAAAAUCCAUACAGGGGAGAAAUCAUUUAUUUGCCCCGAGUGUGGCAUGAGAUUUACUGAGAAGAAAAGAUUGAGGUCACAUGAAAAGGUACAUACAGGAGUAAAACCAUUUAGUUGCUCUGACUGCGGUAGAAAAUUCACCAGAGGUAGUAGUUUAAGGAGACAUGAAAAAAUGCAUACAAUACAAACACCAGUUAGUUGAUUUUAGUGUGGUCAAACAUAUAAUCCCAGAAAGAGACAAUUUUAUUCCUCUGACUGUAGGAAAAAGUUUAAAAUGACAUUUUGGGGACAUGAAAAAAAUCAUAACAGCACAAAUAAACCAUGAUUUCCAUGGUUAGCAUGCGCUUGUGUUCCAAUCCACAAUCUCUUUAUUUGGGAUAAAUGUACAUUGGUACCUUAAUAAACUACAAUUGUACAAAACCAUAAAACAUUGGACCAAAACUGACCUGUUGCUUUAAUGUCUUAUUACUUGGUGUUUGUUGCGUUGUAAAGAUAAUAGCUGAAAUAAUUGUCCAUAAUAAACAGAAGUGAUUUCUUGA